AUGGGCAAGACCAAGAUCGCCGACAAGUCGUCCAAGAAGGACAAGAAGGUUGAGCUCUCGAGCGUCAAAGCCGGUCGUGUCACUAAACCCGCUCAGACAAUCAAGUCCAAGAGCAAGGACGUUGCCAAGGCCGUCACCAAGAAGUCCAAGAAGGCUCCCACCCCUGAGCCCGAGUCCGAGUCCAGCGCCAGCGACAGUGAGGACGACAGCUCCGACAGCAGCGAGGACGAGAAGGUCGAGAAGAAGGUCCCCGCAAAGGCCGCUACAAAGGCUGCCGCCAAAGCCGACUCCGACUCCUCCGACAGCGAUGACAGCGAGAGCGAGGAGGAGAAGCCCGCCGCUAAGGCCAACGGUGUGAAGACCAACGGCGCUGCUAAGGCUGCUGCUAAGGCCAGCUCCGACUCGGAGUCUGACAGCGAUUCCGACACAAGCAUGGCCGACGCCAAGGAGACUGCUGCUAAGGCUGAUUCUUCCGACUCUGACUCCGACUCCGGCUCCGACUCUUCCGACAGCGAGAAGGAGGCUCCUUCCAAGAAGCGCAAGGCCGAUGCUGAAGCUGAGCCCACCGUCAAGAAGAGCAAGACUGAGGCUCCCGCCGCCGCCGCUGAGGGUAUCAAGAACCUCUUCGUCGGAAACUUGAGCUGGAACAUCGACGAGGACUGGCUCACCCGCGAGUUCGAAAAGUUCGGCGAGAUCACCGGUGCUCGUGUUAUCACUGACCGUGAGACUGGUCGUGCUAAGGGCUUCGGUUACGUUGAAUUCGCCAGCGCUGAGGUUGCAGCCAAGGCUCAAGCCGAGAUGCACCAGUACGAGCUUGAUGGCCGUGCGCUGAACGUUGACUUCAGCACUCCCCGCGCGAAGCCUGACGGCAACAAGACCAACGACCGUGCCAGCCGCUACGGCGACAAGAAGAGCGCUCCUAGCAACACUCUUUUCCUUGGUAACCUCUCCUUCGAUUGCACCAACGAGAGCAUCCAGGAGAUCUUCAGCGAGUACGGCACCACCACCCGUGUUUCCCUGCCAACAGACCGUGAGACCGGGUCCCUCAAGGGUUUCGGUUACGUCGACUUCGGCAGCACUGAGGAGGCUACUGCCGCGCUCGAGGGUCUCAACGGACAGGAUAUCGAGGGCCGUUCCAUCCGUAUCGACUAUGCUACACCCCGUGACGACAGCGCUCCCCGUGGUGGCUUCGGCGGUGGCCGCGGAGGUGGCCGUGGCGGAGGCCGUGGUGGCUUCGGUGACCGUGGCGGACGCGGCGGCGGUCGUGGAGGUGGUCGUGGCGGCUUCGGUGACCGUGGUGGUCGUGGAGGUCGUGGCGGCGCUCGAGGUGGCCGUGGCGGAAGCUUCAACCGCGGUGGCUUUGGUGACUUCAAGGGCUCCAAGGUCAGCUUCGACUAA